AUGUAAUAACCACAAGAAGAAUUAGAUUAAUUUAUACAAACCUUAAAUAAUUAAUCAACCAUUCCUUAUCUACAGUAAGCCCUUACUUAAGAUUAAUUGUUAGUAUAAAAUGCUCGUCUACUCUAACAAUUACAUGAAUAAUAGAGAAUGCUGAAUUUUUAAAGCUUAUUCACUUAGAGUGUUCUGCAGAAUCCUUAUAUAAAUUAAUAAAUCACUCAUGAGAGUAAAAAGAUUAAGAAAACUAAAUCAACAAUUUAAAGAAUUCAAUCUAAUGCUAGUUUAAAAGAACAAGCCCCUUUAUUAUAAGAGAUUAAAGGUAAUGUUAAGAACGCAUACAUUAAAAAAAUUACAUCUUUGCUUAGUGUAGAAGGUGAAAAACUCUUAGAUGAAGAAUUGUAAGAAGAUUUACAAGGAGAAAGUUCAUCAGAAGAAAUAUCAAAAGAAUAGAAAUUUGGUUUAGCUGGACUCUUAGGAUCUGCUAAUGAUUUAUUAACUGUUGAAUCAAAAAAUAAACGAUUAAGAUAAAGUGCUAAGAAUUCACGUUUAAGAAAGAAGGUGUAUUUGAAGUUAUUAGAGAAAAAAGUAACAUUUUAAUCUUUAUUAUAUUAGGUUUCUGAUUUAGAUUAAAAAAUAUAGGAAUAUAAAAAAACAACAAGAUAAUCAUUUGAGUAUUUGACUUAAUUACUUUCAUCCCAUCCAAUUUUAAAUAGUAUGAUAAUUGCUAAUUCAAAUGCAAUUGAUUAAAUUACAGAAUGCAAAAAAUCUGAUUAAGCUUAGCUAAUAUUAGAUUCAUAUUUAGUAUUUAUAAUAAUUAAUUAUUAGAUGAGAUAUGGUACAUGUGGAAUUAAAAGAAGAGACUAUCUUAAAUAUGCAGUUAAAAAUAUUCAAAGAAAUUUCUUAAAAGGAAAUUAUGGGUUGCAAUUGAUUAGUUAUAAUAAUGAUGUUAAAAAUUGUAUAAUUGUAUUUAUUAUCAUUUUUAGAUGAUGAUGAAUUCAAUAACUAUGUGGAAAUUGUUAAAAAAUAAACUAAAUUAGAUGAUGAGAAUUUAAUUUAUAAAGUACUUCCAAUUAUUGAUAAAUUAUUAAAUCAUAGAAAGACUUCAUAAUAGUAUUAUCAUCUUUUUAUAAUUAGAUUAUUAUUAAAGUUUAAUACAGAAAUGAAAAAAUUGAAAUAAAUACAAUAAGAAGUGGAAGAGAAUGUCAAUCAAUUUACUUAAUAAUUAACACCCAAUCAAUAAAUUGAAUUAAUUAAAGGUGUAGAGAAAUUAACAACUUUUAAUAGAUCACUUACAUGA